AUGGCUUCGAGUCUCCACGGUGGUCGGCGUCAACGUAUUCACGAUAGUUCCGUUUCUUCGCGUGCAUCCGCCAUUCCUGCGUCCUCUGCACCCUCUCAUCCACCAAUACCAACAGAGUAUAGUGGAGAUAGCCACGAUGAAAAGUCAAACGGCAAUGAUACUGCAUCGCCGCUCUUGACAUGGACGUACGAGGACGCGUUCAACGACCUCGAGAGAGACCCGGUCAAUCUAGCUCAUCGAAUGAUUUUCCUUGGACUUGGAUCCAUUCACACCACGGGCUCGCAGACAGCCCAUGCCAUUCAUGAUCUGGCCGCCCGGCCGGAGCUCGUGAAAUCUCUGAAUGAAGAAAUAGAGAAAGUGAGAACAGCCGAGAAGGGCUGGGAGAAAGCCGCUUUAGUAAAAAUGUGGAGACUGGACUCCUUCAUGUCCGAGUCCAAACGGAUGAACCCACCUGCUUUGACCGUCUUUCACCGCCUAGCAAUGGAGCUACUAGUCCUCUUCGAUGGCACUCGCAUCCUAAAAGGCACUUUCAUAGCUGUUGCCGCUGCAUCGAUCCUCCUAGACCCAGACGUUGUCCGAGAUCCCUAA